GUUUUUGUAUUCGCUUCAGAGCGCGUCCAACCGCCAACUAAGUUACGCUAGAGAAGUUCUAGGCAGCGUUUAUUUGACGAAAAGCGGAUCUUCGCAGACAUUUCAACACCUGCCUGUGGAUAUAAGAUAUGAACUAAGUGCGUGUUCGAGCUUUUCGAAGGGAGCUGCAUUUGCGCUGCUGUUUCUUUCGUGUACAGUGAACGCCACAGCGAAGCUGCAAGCCUCAUGUUUUCGUCCAGCCAAGAGGAACACUGCGCCCCCUCCAAAGACCCGGUUAAAUACGGCGAGCUGGUCGUUUUGGGGUACAAUGGCUCCCUGCCCAAUGGAGAUCGCGGUCGACGGAAAAGCAGAUUUGCGCUAUACAAGAGGACCAAAGCCAACGGCGUUAAGCCGAGUGCUGUGCACAUCCUCAACACACCGCAAGACAGCAAGGCUGUCAACUGCAAAGGCCGACACAGCAUCUCAUACACACUGUCCCGCAACCAGACAGUCGUGGUGGAGUACAGCUACGAUAAAGACAUUGACAUGUUUCAGAUCGGCCGUUCCACUGAGAGUCCAAUUGACUUUGUGGUGACAGACACUAUUGCGGGAGGCCAGGAGGGCGAGGAGACACCCAUCACACAGAGCACCAUCUCACGUUUCGCCUGCCGGGUCAUAUGUGAGCGCAACCCUCCCUACACGGCCCGUAUCUACGCAGCUGGAUUCGACUCGUCCAAGAAUAUCUUCCUCGGGGAAAAAGCUGCAAAGUGGAAGAACCCUGACGGUCACAUGGAUGGGCUGACAACCAACGGCGUGCUUGUGAUGCACCCCAAAGGAGGUUUCACAGAAGAGUCCAAACCUGGCGUGUGGCGGGAGAUUUCUGUGUGUGGGGAUGUUUACACCCUGAGAGAAACGCGCUCCGCGCAGACGCCGGGCAAACUGGUGGAGAACGAAAGUAACGUACUCCUGGAUGGCUCCCUGGUGGACUUAUGCGGCGCCACCUUGCUGUGGCGCACUGCCGAGGGUCUCUUUCACACUCCCACCCAAAAGCAUCUGGAGGCCCUACGGCAGGAGAUCAACGCGGCGCGGCCCCAGUGUCCCGUAGGUCUAAACACCCUGGCCUUUCCCAGCAUGCAACGCAGCCGAGCUCUGUCCUGUCUGGAGGACAAGCAGCCUUGGGUGUACUUGGCGUGCGGCCACGUGCACGGUUACCACAACUGGGGUCAUCGCUCGGAGCAGGAACCCAACACCCAGCGAGAGUGCCCCAUGUGCCGGAUGGUGGGCCCUUACGUUCCGCUCUGGCUGGGCUGCGAGCCCGCCUUCUACGUGGACACGGGCGCCCCCACUCAUGCCUUUGUGCCGUGCGGACACGUGUGCUCGGAGAAGUCCGUUAAGUACUGGUCGGAAAUCCCCCUGCCCCACGGCACCCACGCCUUCCACGCCGCUUGCCCCUUCUGCGCCACCCAGCUUAGCCUCGCUCAGGGCUGCUCCAAGCUCAUUUUCCAGGGCCCUGUGGACUGAACAAAGUGUCGAUUUUGCUCUGUGACAACAUGCUGUGAAACUUAUGAGAUUAGUUUGUCGAUUCCCUCACGUUAGACCCUCUGUGGAAAGCUCAGGUGGUAAUAGUUUGGAUUCUAAAGACUUUCCGGAUGCUCUGUGAAGACUUUCCCUUCCAGAACCAAAUACUCCUUUUUUUUUUCUUUUUUCUCACCUGUCCUGCCGAGCAGCCGCUUUGAAGAAAUGCUCCAGCACUGUUAGGCUACAAGUGAUUUUACAGUAGCUGGUAAAUGUUAUGCUUUAGGUAGAGAGAAUUUAUCGUUUAUACUCUUUUGAAACUUGAUAACAGGCAAGCCUGAAGCAGGUCGGACGUCGCUCCUGCUGGAUCGGGUAGGUUUCAGGAAAAAAAAAGCCAGACAGCUGGACUGUUGGCGAGGAGAACCUAUUGCACCUCACGUGCUUCCGAUUUGGACCUGAAGCCUUUAUCGGCAUCGGAGGUGGCUUUCAUAAUACCUGUCAUACCCACAGUCAGAAUUCAGUGCCUCUAAUCCCAUGAAGCGGCGGGAACGUCGUGUUUCACAGAAAAGAGAAACCUCUGUUAAGUUGGCCCCCCGUCAGACGCAAAUUUAUGUCAAAAUGAUGUCAAGUGUUUGUGCUGCUAUCGUUUUUGAGAUAUUGAGAUAUUCAUUUCAAGGGAUGACUUCACACGCAGCCCUCCCAUUUACUGCAAAAUGUAUCUGAAGUGGUACCAUUGGUUUGUGCUAGUCUGUGCUGUAAAAGGUUUAGCGUACUGCCACAGUUUUGCAGUUAUAACUAGUGGUGUGACAAAAUAUUGAAAUACUGAUAUAUUGUGAUACUUUGUAUCCCAAAAGAUUAUCGAUAUGCUCCUGCCAAGAAUCAAUAUACUGUAUAGUUUUACAAAGGUAUGACUGUUAAAAAAAAAAAAAAAUGAACCAACAAGUUGCUCCCAUAAUCUUCCCCUGGAAUAGUCUCCGUUAACUUAAUGGCUGCCAUUGGCAGCGCUGGACAACCAAUCCAUUUAGACCAGGGCCCCCCAAACUGUUUCACAUCGGGCCACAGCGGGUGCCGGAUAUCUUUCCAACAAAACAGGACGACACCUUUGCACCAAUGGUGUCUUACAAGUGUAAGUCGCUGAUUCAGGUUGAUUUAGUUAUGUUCAUGUCAGUGUGUUAGCCAAACACAACUUACGGCCUUCUCAAAGCAGAGGCAAUAAUAGAACUGGGACAGAUUGGUGGAUUUCUGUUUUUCUUUCGUACAAUUCAUCUUGAAGCAACUUUAUACAGUCCUUUCAUCCCAACUGUGCUUGUGUAUGUGUGAGUGGGUGAGUGUGUGUGGUUUAUCUAGACAAAAGACGCAAAAAACAGUAAACGAAUGUACAUAGCUUAAAUUCAACCAUUGCAUUUAAACUUAGACGUAGAUGUAACAUUCGCUGUAAAGCUUGCGACAUUUCUUAGGCGUCAACGGAGCACUUCCGGUUUCAUGCACUUAAAGUGAGGGCAGAUUCACUCCCGCUGCGCUAUGUAGCAACUUGAUGCUGGUUUCGGACGAACUAUUAUAUUUUAUCUUAACAAUUUGUUUCUGUAAAUAUGAAUGAUGCCUAUGACCAGAGGUGGGUAGUAACGCGUUACAUUUACUCCGUUACAUUUACUUAACUUUUUGAGACAAAUGUACUUUUCAGAGUAUUUUUAUUAAGCCAGACUUUUACUUUUACUUGAGUAGAUUUGUGGAGAAAAAACCCUACUCUUACUUCGCUACAUUGGGCUACACGAGUUGUUACAUUUUUCCCUCUUUAGUCUACAUAUUAGAUUAAUUUUUUAAAUUCUUGCUAGCGAUGCUAUUGCCAAGAGUAGCGCUACUAAUUUUGCCAAUGAGACGUCGCAACAAUAAUCACAUGACUCCAUUAUACCAAUCGGACGUAAGCUUGCCGUUCUAUGAUCACGCUCGCCUGUUCAAUCACGAGUCUUAACGCACUGUAACAAAUAAAGUAUUUGACAUUGAGCGCUGACCUCAACAUGAAUCGAAAGCGCGGAUUUAAAACUCUCCCCCAGUUUUUAUUUGGCACAGAUGGACCACGGCAAACCAGAGAUAUGAUCCUUUUAAUUUUAUAAUAGCAACUGAAGGAACUACAGUAUUCACUAUUCAAGCUAGGAACUAUUUUCUCCACUAGACUGCAGGGCACUCAUGCUCUUUGGACGAAUAAUGCUUCAUUACUGUUUUUUUUUUUCUCUUUAAAGAUAUAUCUAUAUAUUAUCAUUUCUUUGGCGUAAUGUGGUCAUGGAAUGUGUUAUUGUACAAUAUCAUUAUAACAACAGUUCAUAUAGAUAAGUUUGUGCUGAGAGGGAAAAAAAUACCAUUGUUUAAAUAAUCAAAGAAAAAUAAGCAGUUACUCAUUACUUGAGUAUUCUUUUCACGGGAUGCUUUUUUUUACUUGUAUUUGAGUGCAUUUUUUGGAUGACUUUUACUUGAGUAAUAUCAUUUUGAAUCACGCAACUCUUACUUGAGUAAAAUUUUUGGCUAUUCUACCCACCUCUGCUUAAGACACUUACGUACUGCAAAAACGCACAAUUACCAGUAGGCACAUGCUCGCGUCAUCCGUCCACCUGUGCCUCUCUUACAAUUGACUUGCGCAUUCUGGUACGGUGCAUGUGCAAUCCAUCUUUGUACAUAUUUACGUCGGCCAAACAUAGAAAUUAGUAGAUGAAGGCACAGAACGAACAAUUGUGAACAUCUCAAACAAAUAAUCAUUUGACUUUGUAGCCUUUGAUACAAGUCGGGUGCUGCUUGUUGAUUGACACCCUGAUUUAGACUGAGAGGGGUAUUCACAGCCAGUCGCGCUGAUUUUUUUGGGGUAUAUUCACAGGUCAAUUUGUUCAUUUUAGGGCAUUUACAGGUCACGUCCUGUUGAGUGUGAGUCACUGCCUAUUCAUUUGGGGAGAUUCCCAUGGUCAUUUCCUGUUCUGUAACCCAAAACCAACAGGAAGUGACCUAGAUAUGUCCCAAAAUCAAGUGACUGAAAAAUCAACAGCAAAUGACCCAAAAUGAAAUUGACCGCCAUAGACGUCCAAUCCAUUUGAAGUGGGAGGGAUGGCAGCGAAUGAAUCAUUCUUUGCCUACUCGUAAUAAACUCAUUCCAAUUUACACCAUAAGAAUAACAAAAAGCUUGUUUUUCUGUUUAUUACAUGUAUAGUCAAUUAUUGUAGAAUGAUUUCUUGACUCAUGUAUCGAUAAUUGAUAAAUGAUUGUUAACGUGAGCUUUGUAUCGUGAAGCACCUAGAGGUUCCCACAUGUAGCUAUUACCAAUUCUUUUUAUGCCCAUCAAGAGUUCAACCGACCCACCCCACACCACCCCUCUCAUUCCUACUCAACCCAGAAAUGUUACCUUUGGCUUGUCCUGUUAAAAAAUUCAUAACAUUUGGGUUGUGCUGCUACAUUUGUAUAGAUAUUACACAUUUUAGUUUUUACUGAUUGUGUCACCACCACAAACAAGCGCACUAAAUGUGUGUGUGUGGGGGGGGGGGGGCUGCGUGACAUCAUCACUACAAAUGAAUAGCAGAACAUUCACAAAACCGUUGCAGCAGAAACAAAAAAUGUUUACUGCACAAAGGAUCGACACCAUUUUUAGCCAUUUUGGGCUGGUUGACCUCAGAUUGACCGAUAAAAGGAUAGUCAUUAUCUAAAAAAUGAUAGCUGCACAAAUUAAACUUUUUACAGCACAAACGUAGCACAAACGAUUGACAUCAUUUUGAUAUACAGUAAAUUUUCUUCUGAUGGGGUCCAACUUCACAGAGGUAAAGGAGACCGGUAUUUAACUGAAGGCAAGAAGAGAGAUUAGCUUUGUAUACCGGUCUGAGUAAACGACAGCUCACAGUCGCAACCCAAUGUGAGUACCGACAGGAUGUGAGUGGCGCAUGCGUAGUACAUACACAAGUCAAACUAGCAUGCGCACAGUUUACUGCAGGCGACCGAUCCGAGUUGCACAUAUUUACAUGAACAAAGUCUUUAACCGGAAGCAUAAAUAAAUGUUUUUUUUUUUUUUAAAAUGGAAAGAUACAUUUACAUGGAGACCGAAAAGUCAAACAAUGCUAAAACACACAGUGGUAUGAAAAAGUAUCUGAACCUUUUGGAAUUUCUCACAUUUCUGCAUAAAAUCAUCAUUAAAUGUGAUCUGAUCUUUGUCAAAAAUCACACAGAUGAAAAAACUGUCUGCUUUAAAGUGCCUGUGACACGAAAAAGCAUGUGUAUUUCAUAAUACACGCGGUAUUUUAUGCCCCUGAAUGAUAUGGGCCGCUUGGAUGUGUGUGGAAGCGAUCGCUAUUUUUAUUUAGUUUUUUUAAUCCCGCGCCAUGAAAAUGAGUGACUUCCGGCUUCGGUCUUGCAUUGAGGAGGAGGGCGCUGUGACGUGUACGGUAGAAAACGUCCUCUUCACGCUACAGUGUACUGUUGUGUAUGAGGAAGAAGGAUUCAGCUGAUUUUGCGGAUUAAUACGUUUAUUUUUCGCAUCACGCCAGCCAAACGGCUGCAGAAAAAUCAUUCUGUAUGAGGGAGCGGCGUAUGCGCCUUUUUGGAGUUUCAAAAGGUUCCCAUUCACCGUGGAUAUUUACUGUGGGACCAUUGGACUUACGAGGAAGUGAGUAAACAUCUUGUUUUGUAUUAUGUCAAAUACGAAUACAGCGAUUACAAAGUAAACACUACAAACUUUCUUUAAAUGAAGGACUACUUACGUUUGAUCAUUGAUAGGCAUGUAAAAAGCUCUCCUAAUGCUCAUUAGCAGCAGCACGUUAGCUGCACAACAACUCCAGCCACCCUUCUCCGGGGAACGAACUGUAAAUUGCUCUCCGCCUGGCAGUUUGCCGGUCCGCGAUGACAAUCGACAACCGGGUCGUCAUGUCAAAUAAUCCAGGAUAGUUAUGUGUGAUUUUCCGCUUCGAAGACUUUGAAACAUCACUCGGUUCGGGUUAGCAUGUCGGCUAGCUGUCACGCCUUCUGGUUUGUUUACAUUCUCCGAAGCCGGGGAAGGGAAAUGACAUAUGUCCGAUUUAAGUGUCAUAAAAUAUCGUUCGGGAGGUGCGACAGUAAACGUGAAGUUGACAGUUUUGACCAUUAUGGAGUAAUUUUGCCAUGUCGUCCUGAAUAAAUGCAUUUUUAUUAUUUCAUAUUCCAUUCAGCACAAGACUUAUUUGUCAUGACCAUGCCAUUUAUUUAGCAAUUCGGGAAAAUACUUGGAUAAAAAGAAUAUCCUGUAAAAAUAUUGAAGUAAAGAGACAGAAACAAUGACAUUUUGCCGCUCUCUUCGUCGCAUUUUCCUCGUUGUGAAUAGUUCCCCCUCGACGGGCUGACUGGUCCUUCUCAAGCCAUUUAUAUAGCUAUUGGGGAAAAUACUUGGAUAAAAAGAAUGUCCUGUAAAAAUAUUGAAGUAAAGAGACAGAAACAAUGACAUUUUGCCGUUCUCUUCGUCGCGUUUUCCUCGUUGUGAAUAGUUCCCCCUCGACGGGCUGACUGGUCCUUCUCAAGCCAUUUAUAUAGCUAUUGGGGAAAAUACUUGGAUAAAAAGAAUAUCCUGUAUAAAUAUUGAAGUAAAGAGACAGAAACAAUGACAUUUUGGCGCUCUCUUCGUCGCGUUGUCCUCGUUGUGAAUAGUUCCCCCUCGACGGGCUGACUGGUCCUUCUCAAGCCAUUUAUAUAGCUAUUGGGGAAAAAUACUUGGAUAAAAAGAAUAUCCUGUAAAAAUAUUGGAGUAUAGAGACUGAAAGAAUGACAUUUUGUGGCUCUCUUCGUCGCGUUUUCCUCGUUCUGAAUAAUUCCCCCUCAAUGGGCUGAAUAGUAAAACCGAUGAGCCCAGUCUACCGCUGACGUCAUCCACCUGUUGGGGACGCUAAAGCCCUAUAAUGGUAGGCGUGGCUAACCGGCAGAUUAAAAGACUAAUUUCUCGUCAUCUGUGCUUUGAUAAAUUGUUGUAUAUAGUCGAAUCGUCUCAAAAUAUGAUUCUAAUUCACAUAAUAAUGCCAUUUAAGACUUUUUUUCUCGUGUCAUAUGCUCUUUAACUAACACCACCCAAACAUUUAUAGUUUUUCAUAUUUUAAUGAGGAUAAUAUGCAAACAAUGACAGAAUGGGGAAGAGUAGGUAAGUGAACCAUCGCAUUUAAUAUUUUGUGCCCCUCCUUUGGCAGCAAUAACUUCAACCAGACGCUUCCUGUAGCUGCAGAUCAGUCUGGCACAUCAAUCAGGACUAAUCUUGGCCCAUUCUUCUCAACAAAACUGCUGUAGUUCAGUAAGAUUCCUGGGAUGUCUGGCAUGAAUCGCUGUCUUUAGGUCAUGCCACAGCAUCUCAAUGGGGUUCAAGUCUGGACUUUGACUUGGCCACUCCAGAACGUGUAUAUUGUUCUUCUAAAACAAUUCUGAAGUUGAUUUGCUUCUGUGUUUUGGAUCUUUUCUUGUUGCAGCAUCCAUCCUCUUUUUAGCUUCAACUGUCUAACAUACGGCCUCAGGUUUUCCUCCAAAACAUCCUGAUAAACCUUUGAAUUCAUUCGUCCAUUCAUGACUGCAAGUUGUUCAGGCCCUGAGGCAGUAAAACAGCCCCAAAUCCCUCCACCAUGCUUCUCGGUGGGGAUGAGGUGUUGAUGUUGGUGAGCUGUUCCAUUUUUCCUCCACACAUGACGUUGUGCGUUACUCCCAAACAAUUCAACUUAGGUUUCAUUAGUCCUCAAAAUAUUUUGCCACAACUUCUGUGGGGUGCCCAAGUGCCUUUUUGCGAACAAUGAACGAGCAACUAUGUUUGUUUGAGACAGCAGUGGCUUCCUCCGUGAAGUCCUCCCAUGAACACUAUUCUUGGCCGUAGUUUUACAUAUAGUUGAAUUGUGCACAGAGAUAUUGGACUGUGCCAGGGAUUUCUGUAAGUCUUUAGCAGACGCUCUAGAUUUGUUUUUUUUUUACCUCUCUGAGUAUUCUGCGCUGAACUCUUGGAGUCAUAUUUGGUGGACGGCCACGCCUUGGGAGAAAGGCAACGGUGCUAAACUCUCUCAAUUUGUAAACAACUUCUCUGACUGUCAAUUGAUGAACAUUCAGACUUUUAGAGAUGGUUUUGUAUCCUUUCCCAGCUUUAUACAAAUCAAUGAUCUUGAUCGCAGGUCUUCAGACAGCUCUUUUGACCGAGCCAUGAUGCACAUGAGACAGUGCUUCUCAUCAAGACAAUUCUUACCAGGUGUGUGUUUUAUGGUGGGCAGGGCAACUUUAAACCACUCAUCAGUGAUUGGGCACACACCUGACUUAAAUUGUUUGGUAAAAAUUGGUUUCAAUUGCUCUUUAAGUCUCCUUAGGCAGAGGGUUCACUUACUUAUUUUUCCCCCUUCUGUCAUUGUUUGGAUGCUAUCCUCAUUAAAUAUGAAAACCUAUAAAUGUUUGGAUGGUUUUAGUUAAAGCAGACAGUUUUUACAUUGUGUGAUUUUGACAAAGAUAAGGUCACAUUUCAUGGUAAUUUUAUGCAGAAAUGUAAGAAAUUCCAAAUUAUUCAGAUACUUUUUCAUACCACUGUCUUGACAAAAGGGAAACAAUUAUCAUAGUAAUUCAAAAGUUAUUACCGUAAUUUUCGGACUGUAAGCCGCUACUUUUUCCCUCCACUUUGACCCCUGCGGCUUAUAGUCUCGUGCGUCUUAUAUGUGGAUUUUGUAGGCCUAUAAGGUGUGUGUCUUUCGUAUGGUUGUUAAAAGUAUUUAAUUGUAUUGAUAUCGAAAUGUUCUAUUGAGAUGCGCCAUUUGAUUACUCUGUUAUCUAUUGGUUUUUGGGCCACCGCAGGUUAAGAGAAUUUUGUUGUCAUGGGUUGAAUUUCAUUCUGCACGACUCUUUGUAGUAAUGGAGGGUAUUUUUGCAUUUUCCUUCUUAACUCGUUGGCUGCCGUUUACUGCGCUUGACGUCCAAUCCAUUUGAAGUGAGAGGGUUGCAUGUAAAUAAAUGCAUGUAAAUGAACAAUCAUUCACUGCCACACUCUCAGUUCAAAGGGAUUGGAUGUCUACUGGUCAUGAACUCUUUUUCAAAGAGUUUUAAUUUUUCAUAAGCUGCAAGACGGGAUGUCUGUCAUCGUCUUAUGGCACUAAAAGAGAACGAACAAACAACGAAACAAUAACUACCGAGUCCUUUUUUUUUUUUUGAGUAGAGAUAACAAGUUGAAAAAGUAUCACAACAGUAGUCUUUAGGUGUGACAAUCCCUCUGGCUUAUCAUAAAGUGCGGCUUAAACUUGAACAAAUAGUUUUCUUGUCAAAUUUGGUAGGUGUGGCUUACAGUCCGGUGUGGCUUAUCUAUGAACAAAUGCCGUUUCUGUGUCAAAUUUGUGGGGUGCGGCUUAUAGUCAGGUGUGCCCUUAUAGUCCGAAAAUUACGGAAGUUACUUUUUUUUUUUUUU